GGGCUGUUGGCCGCGCACCGCGCUACGAGAUGCCGCCGCCGGUGGCCGCAUCCAGGACGAGGUGCAGCCAGAUCCCCUUCGCCGCGUCCUCCUCCUCCACCACGCCGCUCCCACGGAAAUCUUCGAGGUUCAAAUUAAGGAGCUCAUCCCUGGUUCGCCGACCUGCGCCUCCACCUAGACUUCUUCCUGUUGAUGGUCGCCGCCGCCCACCACCACAAGCCUAAAACUGCGAUUGCAUUCCAACGGGUGAAGCUGGAUGAUGUUAAGCUUGCUCAUGAAAGACUUGCAGGAUAAAAUCAUAUUGGACCAAGAUGAUGUUAAGCUUGCUUGCUUCACUUCUACUUAUCCCCUUAGAGGGUGGUGCGGACUCUGCCAAGGCAACAUGAUGAGAUUCUUGGCCAAGUUAGAGCAAGGCUUUACACACGACAAGACCAAUAAGAAGCAUGGUGGUGGUGCUGCUGUCAUCCGAAUCUGCUGCUGCCGGUGUCCACUAAGAGGCCUCCUGCCCCUGCCUUCUUCUACCGGGACCUCUCUUAUGUUUCACCCUUCGCCGUGUCCUCCUACACGACGCUGCUCCAACGAUACAAGCAAUCUUCGAGGUUCACAUAAAGGAGCUCAUCGCUGGUUCGCCAACCUGCGCCUCCACCUCAACUAUUACGUCGCUGGCACAUGGCCUCCUCCACUUCUUCCUGAUGAUGGUUGCCGCCGCUCACAAGCCUAAAACUGUGAUUGCAUUCCAAUGGGUGAAGCUGGAUGAUGUUAAGCUUGCUCAUGAAAAGACUUGCAGGAUAAAAUCAUAUUGGACCAAGGUACUUGCUCUUACAACCUACCUGUUUCAGGUAUAUAUUGCUCAUAUGCUUGUGUUAAACUUGCUUGCUUCACUUCUACUUAUCC